AUGAAGCCAAUCUACGCCUUUGUUCUUUUACUCACUGUUCUCUCAACGAUCGCCUUCUUCGUUGAUGCAACAGUUUUCAAGCGGCACUGGGAUGAUAACGACUAUGGUGACGACUUUGGUAACGACUUUGAUAACGACUAUGAUGAUGGUCGUUAUUACGGUGGUUGGAAUCGUCCACAUAUUGACGAUGAAAGUUAUAGUCACGAUCAAUCUUCAAGUUACAACAAAGACUCCUCUGAAAAAUAUAAAAAGUUCUCUUAUGAUGAUUAG